AUGGCAGAGCUUGGUGGCAUGCUUGCCGCUGCGAUCCUCAAGGUGGUGGGCGACCAGAUCGGUUCAGCGAUCGGAGGUCAAAUCACCCUGCAGAAGAACUUCGAUGAGGACCUGAAGAAGAUGAAGAUGGCGCUCGAGUCUGUCGAUGCCGUCCUGGAGGAUGCCGAGAGGCGGUCCAUCACGGAUAAAUCGACGUGUCUUUGGCUGAAGCGGCUCAAAGACGUCAUGUAUGUCAUCUCCGACAUGAUCGAUGAGUUUGAGGCAGAUACACAGGCCAUCACCCAGCCAUCCACGCGCAAGCUCUCCUUCAAAAAAUAUUUGGCAAUUAUCAUUCCUUGUCUCACAAUUGGUCCCAAGAUUACAAUGGCCAAUAGGAUGGAGAAGAUGAGGGAGGAUCUAGAGGUGAUAACAGAUCAACACAAAAAGUUUAAAUUAACAGAAGGCACUAAUGCCAAUGAGCUGAAGGUUACUGAUAUAAGGGAAACAUCCUCAAUCAUGGAGACACAAAUUGUUGGGAGGGCCGAUGAUAAAGUUGAAAUAUUGGCUUCUUUAUGUGAGAGCAUGACAGAAGACAUCACAAUCCUUCCUAUAUAUGGCAUUGGAGGGCUUGGCAAGACCACCUUGGCAAAAAUGGUUUAUAAUAGUUCCCAGUUCAAAGAAUACUCUCAAGUGUGGGUUUAUGUGUCUCAGACAUUUGAUUUGAAGAAUAUUGGAAAUUCUAUAAUAACACAGCUAUCAGAGAAAGAGAAGGAGAGUGAGUACACUGAAAUUCAGAUGAUACACAAAUCCUUUCAAAAGCUUCUUGCUGGUAAGAAGAUUCUUAUUGUUUUAGAUGACCUCUGGGAGGGUGAGGAUUUUCAUCUGGAAAGCCUGACCGAUAUGCUAAAGGUUGGGAAAGACAGUAAUGUGGUUGUUAUAGUAACCACACGUGAUGAAGGCAUAGCAAGAAAAAUUUCUACCAUCCGACCAUACAAAAUAAAAUCUUUGACCGAUGACAUGUGCUGGUCUAUAAUAAAGCAAAAGAGUGCAUUUGAAUCUAGAGGUGGCAAAGAACAUGCAGAGAAGACAGGGAAGGCCAUCGCAAUGAAGUGUGGUGGUGUGGCUUUAGCAGCUAAAUCAAUUGGACACACGUUGCAAUAUAUAAAGUUCAGUGAAUGGGAAUCCUUGAGGGAUAGCAAUAUAUGGACCGUCUCUUCUUUGAAAGAUACAUCUUCUAUACAAGUGAUUGCAUCUUUGAAAUUAAGCUAUAGUAUUAUGCCAUCGUAUUUGAAGCUAUGCUUUGCCUAUUGUGCAAUAUUUCCUAAAGGUCACAAGAUAGUUAAAGAGGAGCUUAUUUACCAGUGGGUUUCUCUUGGUUUCUCAACUUGGCAACUUGGUGAUAGAUGCAUUAGUCAGCUUUUGGGACUCUCUUUCCUUGAACAUUCAAAUUCAGAAUCGAAUAUCGAGCUAUAUGAUGAAGAUAUUACAUUGUUAACCAUGCAUGACUUGGUGCACGAUUUAGCAAGGACAGCCAUGGACAAUGAAAUUUUUGUCGUUAGUAAAGACGAUAAUGCCCAGGGAAGCUGCUAUCACUAUGCACUACUCGAUGAUUGUAGCAAGCCAUUGGUCUCGGAGUUAUCCAAGAUAAGGGCACUCCGUUUUCUGAAGUGUGGUAAAAUCACAGUUCAUGAUGCUGCAUUUUCAUCCGCUAAUUCCAUGCGUGUCCUAGACUUAAGUGAAUGCAUUAUACACAAGUUGCCAGAUUCUAUUGGUGUACUGAAGCAGUUGAGGUAUCUUAACGCUCCAGGAGUACAACAUAAAACAAUUCCAGAUAGUAUCACCAAGCUCUCAAAAUUAAUUUAUCUGGACAUUCAUGGAUCUCCUACAAUUGUGGAGCUACCGAAGUCAAUUGGAGAUAUUGAAGGUCUGAUGUAUCUUAAUUUGUCUGGUUGUUCGGGACUUGCAAAACUGCCUGAAUCAUUUAGGAGGCUACAAACAUUGGUGCAUUUAGAUCUGUCAAAUUGCUCUUAUGUUGGAGGUAUAUCGGUACUCUUGGGGAACCUCACAAAACUCCAGUAUUUGAACUUAUCUCACUGCCAAAGAAUUGGAAAUAUGCCCGUAGCUCUGGGCAUCCUAUCCAAACUAGAGUAUCUGAACUUAUCAUUCAGCUCAUAUCUUGAACGUUGUCAGGAAGCAGAAGUUUUGGGCGCCCUGAACAAACUUGAAUAUUUGAACUUAUCUUCAGAUAAGUACCAUGGUCUUCUAAAGCUCCCAGAAGCUUUGGGCACAUUCAUUCAACUCAAAUACUUAAAUUUAUCAGGUUGUAACACAAUGUCAGAAUUGCCGAGAUCAUUUCAGAGUCUAAAAAAUUUGGUGCAUCUUGAUCUAUCAGAUUGCAGUAUGAUUGAUUAUCUAUAUGAAGCUUUGGUUGGUCUUUCCAAUCUGCAGCAUUUGAAUUUACAGGGUACAACUAUCAUGUUGCUGCCAGAAGAUAUGACCAAACUCCGGUAUUUGAAUCUGUCUAGGCUGAUUACAUAUACCUUGGAUAGUCUCAUCAACUAUAUAUGCAGCAAUCUUUUCAAUCUAGAGCAUUUGGAUUUGUCUCAGAAUCAUGGUAUUUUUCGUAUACCUGAAAGUAUAUGUAACCUGAGAAAACUGCAUACAUUGAACCUCUCAAAAUGCAUUUUUCUUGAAAAUAUACCAGGAAGUAUAGGUACAAUCGAUAGUUUGAAGUUUCUUGAUAUAAAUAGUUGUUACCGUAUCUCCAAAGUGCCUCAGCUUGGUAGCAGUGCAGUAUCAUUACCACACUUCGGGGUGCAGCCUGGUGAUGGUCAUUCUAGUAGCAGCAUCGUCCUGCUACAACACAUGGACCCUGUCGAGCUCAACUUAACAAAACUCGAAAAUGUGAAGUCCGUAGAAGAGGCACAACGUAUAAAUUUGACGGGGAAGAAAAAACUUGUUUCCUUGACACUGGAGUGGACUCUAGAGGCUGAGAGAUUUGUGGAUCACAAAAUUUUGAUGGAAAAUCUGGUGCCACCAAGCACGUUGAUAACAUUGGAGAUAUGUGGUUACAGUGGUGUCAGCUUUCCAGCCUGGCUAAUGCUGGACCAACUACCAAACCUAGAAAAUUUGGUUUUCAGAGGUAUGCCAAACCUGGAAGAGUGGAACAUGUCGCACUCCAGCGGCGAGGAUCACGUGAUUAGGAAAUUGGAAAUACAUGAUUGCCCAUUGUUAAGGAUGAAACCGCUUCCACCUAAAGCUAGAUACUGGGUGAUAUCAAACAGUGAUAACGUGUUAUCAUCAUGCUCCUCUGUUUCUCCGGUAAUAAUUACUGAGCUAUCAGUUCAAAACUGCAGGGUGCCUCUGCAUCAGUGGAGCUUGCUUCAGCACUUCCCUAUCCUCACUUCUUUGUCUAUUAAAGGCUCAGUUGAUCUAACCGGCUCACCAGAGGUCAUCCGACAUCUCUCCUCUCUGAAGACUCUAGAUCUACAAGACCAAGACUUCGAAGAGCUGCCAAAAUGGUUGAACGAGAACAAGGGGAAACUCACAAAGCUAAAUCUGAUGGAUUGCAACAGCAUAGCAUCACUGCCGCAGUGGUUAGGAGAAUUAACCUCCCUCAAGGAACUUGGCCUGCAGGGCUGUGCUAUCUUGAGUACUUUGCCAGAAAGCAUACAACAACUCACCGGCCUCCAGAUACUAAUUAUUAGUAGCUGCCCUGAAUUAAAGUGCUUGGUUGAAAGGGUAUGUCUCCUGCCCAGCUCUCUCUCGAGUAUUACAAUCUGGAAUUGUAACGGUAUCAAGUGUUUGCCCGAGGGCAUAGAACAACUCACCAACCUCCAAAGACUAGAUAUUUGUGGGUGCUCUGACCUACGGCAUUGGUGUGAAUUAGAGGAGAACAGAAUGAAGCUAGAUCACAUAAAAGAAAACGUCUUCCUGAAAUAAGAGAUUCAGAUUAGAAGAUACAGUGGUGGUAUAAUCCCCGAUGGGAAUGGCUCUUCCUGAAAUAAGAGAUUCAGACUAGAAGAUACCGUGGUGGUAUAAUCCCAGAUGGGCAUGGCUCUUCCUGAAACAAGAGAUUCAGAUUAGGAGAUGAAGUGGUGGUAUAAUCCCUUGCUGACAGCUACAUUGUUCAUGAUCACUGCGUGAUAGUGUAAUAGGCUCAUCGGGCUGCUUUGACUAAGGAUCACAUGCUGGCUCUUUCGCCCUCUGUACUCCAUGUAGCUUCUAUGCCUGUAUAUUCAUUCAAUUGAAAUCAAUUGGAAGGGAGCACUACGAAUUUAUGCAGAAGUAUUACCACAGGUGUAGUUAGAUAGUGUUCUAGACAGUGUAUACGAACACCAGGUUGAAAAUUUUGGAGCCUUAAUCAACAUGCAAGAUUUCAUUCACGACGACUCAGAUUCAUUCUGUUGAAGGAGGACCGUCAGGAGAAAGGAAAUUAUAUGACAUAUACUGGUCGUAGUCUGGAGGGGCAGAAUCUUUUGCUACUUUGUCAGAUUACCAGAAAGCAUGAGCGGCAACGGGAUGAAAGGGUGAAUCUCAGAGCAACUCGGCAUCUUCCUAGCACUGUUAAAUCAAACUGCAUGUCCAAAUCAAACUGCAAGAAGAUAAUACUAUUGCUGAAAUCUACCUCAUCUAGAUCUAGUGUCCUAGCCUGAUCCUCCCGCAACAUCCGAGUUAUCUCUCUCCACUGAAGGUAUUUAUACAGACAACCUGCAAUUCUAUUCUUGAAUUUGCUGAUCUAUGUAUUAUUCCACCUUGCAUAAUUUGGUAGGUUCAGGUUGGUUCAAUGUUUGCAGAGACCGGUGGUGCACCAGCCGACCGGUGAGUGGAGAAGGCCACAACAGCAUAGUCAGUAUGAGCAUAGUAGCCAAGGCGCUGAGGGCAUGGCCGAGGGCGAGCAAGACUUCAGGUCGGUGAACAGCAUCGGCAUUGACUGGUAAUACGAUAUAAGGACGAUUCGAGCUGAGGAGUUGCUGGCCAACGUCACAGGCCGGGAGCUGCAGUGCUUCUAUACUCCAUGUUGGUGCAGAGGAGGUGAACCUGAAAGGAGUUCCUCUGCUCCAUGAUGAGAAUGUGCAGGGCUUGAAACUGACGAAGUAGAUAGUGUUUGUUUUCCUUGUUGUCGUUGGUUUGUGAACACGCACCCCGGCAAAUGCAGGUCAACCCAAGUCCUGGCUAAAACUGUGAGAUGCAGGUUAACCCAAGUUCUGUGACAUUUGCAGUUAAUUUCAGCGGCAUGCAGGCUGCCACGGUGUUCUUGUG